AUGGUGGAGGGCCCGGGCUGCGCGCUCUGCGCCGAGCGCCUGCGGGCGCGCCUGCGCCGGGGGCAGCGCGUGCGGGCCGCGCGGGGCGGCGGCGCGACUGCUGCAAGUAAAGAGAGAAUCUCUGGUCAUGAUUUCCUUGUUGGACAUGUUUACAGGGGUGUGGAGACAUUGGGAAAGGAACUUUUUAUGUAUUUUGAUCAGAAAGCUUUGAGGAUUCACUUUGGUAUGAAUGGUUCCAUGCACAUUAAUCCUGAUGGAAGCAAAGACAGAAAUGGAGCACAACCAGUUUUGGAGAUACAGCUUAUGGAAGAUACUGUUUGUUUUUGGGAUGUGACAGUAGAAUAUAGAAGUGCAGCUGAGUGUGAGCAGAAAGUGAGGAUGAUGGAAAGUUUGGAUGUCUGUUCUCCAAAGUUUAGCUUUUCAAGAGCAGAACAUGAGAUUAAGCAGCAGAGCACCCGUAUGCUGUGUGAUGUGUUACUGGAUCAAGCAGUAUUACCUGGAGUAGGAAAUAUCAUAAAGAAUGAAGCACUGUUUGAUAGUGGUCUUCAUCCAGCUCUUAAGGUUUGCCAGCUGAGAGAUGAGCAUAUACGCCACUUGGUGAAAAUGACACGUGAUUUUACCCUGCUUUUUUAUAAGUGCCGCAAAACGGGGUCUGUGCUAUACCGACACUACAAAGUGUACAAGCGCCCAGCCUGCAGGGAGUGCAGCGGCAGCAUCACCGUGUGUCGUUUGGGAGACCACAACAGGAUGACUUACUUCUGCUCUCGAUGUCAAAAGGCAGAUCCCCAGCUUGUCAAUCUUAGCAAACUGCCAUCUAGAAACAGCCUAAUUGGUUGGGCAUAUGGCAGGGGGUCAUGUUCUAAUGAACAUGUAGCUCGGAAAUCUGAAGAGGAGUGGACAUGUAUGUGCUGCACCCUAAUAAACAAGCCUUCUGCUGAAAUUUGUGAUGCCUGUUUGACUUCAAGACCUGAAGUUCCAAAGAUGGAGAGUUUUGAAGAUUCUGCAGCCUUUAACACAAACUUAAUGAAGUACCCUUGUAAUGAUUUCAGAAAACCAAGCACAGAAAUAAAGAUCAAUAGGAAAACUGCAUUUGGAACUACAACUCUUGUCUUAACAGAUCUUGGUAACAAAACUGUUUUGAGAAAUGAUAUCCAGGUAUCUGGUGGACAUUCUCAGUGUGUUUUUCCAAAAAGCAAUUAUAAACAGAUCCAAAGCAAUGCCUGCCAGUCAGGGGGAAGAAAAGACAAGGACUACUCAAGACCUGUAACUGCCCUGCCUUUGUCCUCCUGUCAGCAGUCUGUCUCUUUCAAACACAUACAGAAGAAACAGAAAACUGAUCAUGUACCUUCAGUUCACCCAUAUAAUACAGCAAUCAGAGCCCUGUUCAGACACAUCCGUUGCCUAGUUAGGAGAAAUGUGAGAAUCUGUGAGGGUUGUCACAGAAAAGUUGGGCAGAUAGUAACAACAGUAAUGGGAGUGCAAGGUAGAUGUCACUUACAGUGCGCACCUCAAAGUAAUGUGACAGAUGAUACUCGGAUGUUGAGCAUGGGACAUCCUCGGUGCAGUAAACACAGCCGUCUCUGCAGCCUCAGAGUUGUGAGAAAGGAUGGAGAAAACAAGGGAAGGCAGUUUUACUGCUGCUCUCUCUCCAGGGAAACUCGGUGUGAAUACUUUCAAUGGGCUGACUUGGAUUUUCCAUUUUGUAACCAUGGCAAGCGAUGUGUUAUGAAGACUGUGUUGAAGAUUGGUCCCAAUAAUGGAAAGAACUUUUUUGUGUGCCCUCUUGGAAAGGAAAAACAGUGUGGCUUCUUCCAAUGGGCAGAAAAUGGGCCAGUACUCAUGAUGACAGUGACAGUAUUAUUUGAUGUGCAAAAAAUCCUUCAUCAUUUAUUAGAGACAGGGACACUGCAGUAUGGAAGAGACCACCUGCAAUGGGGCCUGCCAGAUGACCAUAACUCUCUUCUCUGGUACAAAUGCAAGUCCAGAAAUUUGUUUGGUCAACUAGAACUAUAA